AUGGCUACAACAAGGGUCAAGUUCGGGAUAUGGGCGGGAAUAGUGGCGUUGCUGUUGGCGGGUUCAUUGGGGGUGCAUCCCGGGCCGGCGAUCAACAUGGAGACCUCCCUUAGGGCUUGUACCGUCGACGAACUCCUACCGCCAGCAAUUUCUGAGGGGGCCUCGCGAUCGCCUGAGUGGGUUGAUUCGUUCGACCUUGAACCUCUAUAUGGGUGCAACUGCAGCUUCUAUAAGGCCAGCCGGAGAACGAUCCACACGCGAGCACGCAGCCCCUUCUCCGCCCACCAGCUGCUGCUGCACCGCAUAACGCCGCGCACACGCUUCAUCACACGUAACUGCGCAGCGCCUCCCACCAACCAGUAUGGCACUUAUUGUCGAGGUUUCCAACAAGGCGGUGCACUGCCAGUCGAACGCACGAAUGACCUCAUGGAUGCAAUUGAGGUAAUUAGCGAUACGUUUGGAGGUGCGGCGAUCGGCGAGGCUUCAAUGAAAGCCCUGCAGUGCUUCCCUCUAGCAUGGGCUUGUCUCACCGCCAACAACGAGGCAGAACAGAAGCAGAAAAACGGUCGUAGAUGUAUCGAGGUUCUAGUAGAUAGUAUAUAA